UAAUGUGUGCACAGACAUUCCCAACAGAUGUAUGUCAUCAUUUUAAAAUUAAUAUAUUUAACCGCACAUAGGCUAAGUUAAUUGACGUAACCUUGAUAGAUGUUUGUCGGAACAUUCACCCUUGUGUUGGGAAGGUUCAACAUUCCUCUGAGUGUUUGGGGAAGGGUUGGUGGUAUAUAGACCCUGCCACAGACUUAAAGGUGUGAGUGGCCAGUUUCCAGUCCACCGUUGAAGUUGCAGAAGUUACAGGAGUGUCAAUAUGAGCCGCAGUCCAGAGAGGAUGUCUUCAUACCGCCGGCAUUUCGAGGGCGAGUUGGCUGCCCCUCCUGCUCACCAGCUCCGGGUGUCCAGUCCCUCUCCCAGCCGCAGGGACACCCGCCACCGGUCGGCCAGCUUCACCCGGAGUGGUGGGGCGACAGGGCGCAGGGCCAUCUCCAAUAAGGCUCGCAUCACCAGCAGUGUGAGUAUGGGAACACUGUGCUUUGGAAUGUCCAUGGAGCUCGGGCCAAAACUGGAUUUGGAUGCUGCUUCAGCAGAGAACCAAGACUUUAUGACGACUCGCACCACUGAAAGGCAGGAGAUGGUGGCCCUCAACGACCGCCUGGCAGCGUAUAUUGAAAAGGUGCGAACCCUGGAGUCAAAAAACAAGCAUCUGGAGGCUGAGGUUGAGGCCCUGAAGAGCCGCCAUCUCAGACCGGGCCUUAGGCAGCUGUACGAGUCUCAGCUGAAGGAGCUCAACAGGGACGCUGAGAAAAUGAAAGUCCAGAGGGAUACGUCUUUGGCAGCCAAGGAGGCGAUGUUGGGUCAGUUGGACAAGCUGAAGGCCAAAUACACCGAGGCUGUGGAUGCCCGGAAAAAGACAGAGCAAGACAUUGAGAAUCUCCGUCCCGAUGUGGAUAAAGCAACGUCAUCACGGAUUGCCCUGGAAACCCAGCUGGAAAACCUGGAGGUUAAGCUUGGCUUCCUGCAGAGAGUUCACAAGGAGGAAAUUGAGGAGUUGAUGCAACAGAUCUAUUCAGCAACCAGCAAGGUGGACCUGGUAUUUGGCCUGCCGGACCUCUCCUCUGCUCUCAGACAGAUUCAGUCUCAAUAUGACUGCAUUGCCGCCAAAAACCUACAGGAAAUGGACACUUGGUACAAGUCAAAGUUUCAGGACCUGAACAGCGCCUCCACCAAACACCUUCAAAGCGCUCGAAAUCUGAGAGAGGAAAUCACAGGCUAUAAGAAGGAUCUUCUCAACAAGGAACGUGAAUUGGAAGCAGUGAAGACGAGGAACGAGUCUUUGGAGGCUCGGAUUUGUGAUGCAGCAAAAAAAUACAAGAAGGAGGAGGAGGACUUGGAGGAGCGUAUCAAAGCGAUUAAGAUGGAACUAAAAGUAACCAAGGAAAAGAUUGCCCUGCUGCUACGGGAAUACCAGGACCUGCUAAAUGUGAAGAUGGCUCUGGAGCUUGAGAUCACCACUUACAGGAAGCUGAUCGAGGGGGAAGACAGCCGUCUGAGCACCAUGGUCCAAAACCUGUCUCUGACUGGAGGCCUGCGUCUCACCUCAGCCCCUGCAGCUACUCCAAAGCUAAAUGAAGCCCCCGGUGACAGUUGCAGGGCGGAGAAAGUUGCAGGGGCUGCGCAAGUGGAGGUGGCCUCAUCAGACACCCAGCCAGAUGGUAACGUAAAGGAGCAGGCCACUGAGAUGACUGAGAGGAAGACUGUCCUCAUCAGAACAGUUAAGACAGAUGAGGACACUUAUGAGAGCGACACACAGGAGCGCACCUUCAUCAUUUCUGGAGCAGCAGAUGACACAAAUGAAGAAUAGACCGUUUAUCAACCCCAAAUCUCACGGAGUGACCUUUGCUAACGGUGUACUAUGCACCAACGUUGCACCUCAUGUUUUUCUCAUUUUUCCAGUGCUUCAAAAAUCCUAGAAUUUAAUAUUGAAUUGAAAAGAAAACUCAAGCAACAUGUGCAAAUUUCAAGUAUUGUGUUCAUCCUCCAAGGCGACUUUACACUACGAAAGCUACACACUGUGUGCAGUCACUUUGCUCUGCCUGCUCCUGACACCCUGUCAGCCUCACGCUGCCUUUCUGCUCUUUUAAUCCUCCUGUGUGUGGAAAACACGCCUUUCAAAGUAACAAAAUAAAAAGCAAGCAACCAUAAUUGCGGUUUUCAUUUCAAUCUAAAGAGAGACACAAUAUUUUCCAUAAUUUAUUAAAACCAAAGCAGCAAAGGCUUUCCAACAGACAUUCAAAGGAAGAAAGCUUGAUACAACUCCCCUCAUGUAAACUUGUAACCAGUGAAAAAUAUUCCAUUUAGUAGGAAGUUAUAAGAUAACUGAAAGUUAAUUUAAGCCAUUAAACCUUCUUAAUUUGUGUAGGAAUACAAUGUUUACAAGUUUUAAUUAUGGCAUAUACACAGUUUAUGUAUCAAGUUUAUAUUACACAGAAACCCAUCAUUUACUGGCAGCCUGAUGGAGAUAUAAUAACUGGCCAGCAUUACUUAAAGUACAAUAAAGUCAAUUCAUUGCCCCCCACCCCCCAGUGCAUCCCAUAUAUUUACAAUCAAAUACAAAGAAAUAGAGAACUAGAGUGCAAUUAACAGUACAAAAUAAUUUGGCACCUCACUGAAAUGAAGCAAUUUU